AUAUGAGCUUCCUCCUGUGCUUUUGUUUUGUGUUGUAUCAUUAAUGUAUAUAAACGUACCUUAUGUAUUACAAAUGGCAAUGGAUUUCAACAUUGUCGCCAUCAUAUGUGUAGCUUCAUAUUGUAUGUGUAUCAGGUAAGAUGUCUGGAAGAAGAGAAUGAGUCUUUGGAGGCUCAGAUUAUUGUGAUGGAAGAGAAAUUAGCAGCCAAACCAAUCCCCUCUAGAUCCAACAGUCUCGACUGGCCUUCAGACUUCAGCCUGGAGGCCGUGGUUGGGAGACCACGCAGAGAGAAGGUGUUUAAACAUACCAGCACUAGACAUACCAAAUAUUUGUCAUUUACACAUAUUCAUGGUUUAUGUACAUAGAGUAUGGGCCAGUAAUACAACACAUUAUAGACAACUAAGAUAUUGUCACUACCUGUUCAUUCACCUUCAGCUGUUGUGUACUUCAGUAGCAUUUUAGGAAGCAUUCACAUAGUUAUGAAACUAAGAUAUGUAUAUUUGUCCUUCACUGAAGUAGUAAAUGCUCAGGCAGCAUUCAUUUCGAAACUAUGCCUUAUAUGGUACUCUCUUCUCUAUUACAGAUGGCAAUGGAGUUCAACAUUAUUGCCAUGGCUGGAUUGUUUCUCCUGUGUGAAACAUUUCGCUUCUGAUACCAUUCCUAUAGUUAGUUUGUGAGAGAACCCUCAUGUCUGUGUGACAUUCUCAACCAAGCAGUGUAUAAAGUCUCCAGGCUGAAGCAGUAGCCACCAAUUUGCCCAGCUAUUGUGUAGCUUUGGUGCAGCCAUGGCCAUGCUGAGAGUGUCCUCGUAUCGCAAACUGUUUGAGGAGCAGCACCAGAGAUCAGCUACAUGGCUCAGUCAGCGCUGUGGAACCCAGAUCCUCCCAUCUUCCGCCAGGGGUGGAGUUUCCAUGAUCGCCUCUCCUGAACCGGACUUCGCUGCAGCUCGGGCGUUAAACAGGGAGGGUCUGAUGCGUUUCUCCCAGGAGCGCUCCAUAAUCGCCACCCUCAAUGAUCGCCUGGCGGUCCUUAUCGACAUGGUACGAUGUCUGGAAGAAGAGAAUGAGUCUUUGGAGGCUCAGAUUAUUGAGCUGGAAGAGAGAUCGGCAGCCAAACCAAUCCCCUCAAGCUCUGUCAGUCUCGACUGCCCUUCAGACUUCAGCCUGGAGGCCAUAAUUGAGAGACUGCGCAGAGAGAAGGAUGAGAUUUUGUGUCAAAAAGAGGAGCUGACAAAAGAACUGCAUCAUAUAAAAAUAAAGUAUGAUGAGGUCGUGGAGCAACGGACUCACCUCCAACUGGAGCGCAGGGAUGUUGCCGUGGAAGUGGAUACAGUGACUGCUGACUGCUUGGCACUCAGAGAACAAGCAGCAAUCUUUGAGGAGCAGUUAGCUGCCAUGGAGCAACAGCAUGAGCUGAGGAUCGAGAGUCUGUGUGAGCCUACGGCUGAAGAUCGGGAUGAUCCAACUGUGUCUCUGCAAUUCCCCACCAUCGACCUCACUCCAGCCAUCACGGUUAUCAAGGACUACUACUGCCAGCUGGCUGAAAGCCUAAAGUUUGAGUCCGGGGCUGUUGCGAUUGCCAGAGGAGAAGAGAAGGGGAGGAACUUGGAAAAACAUACUGGAGGGAAGGUUAAGGAUUAUUCUGAGGUGAUGGAUGUGAAAGGUCUGAAGGAGCUGAUUGUUAAACUGCAAAAGGAGCUCGCUGAGCUGGAGGCAUGUGGUGAGGAACUGGGGACAGAGAUUGAAGCAAAAAAACAGGCUCAUUUGCUGGAGAUAGAGGAGCUGGAAAACUGCAUCUGCCGGCUGGAGAAAGAGGAGGCUGACUUACAAGCACAGAUGAAGGAACAGAUGGGAGACUACGAGGAACUGCUCAAUGAGAAGAUGGCACUGGACAUAGAAAUUGAAGCCUAUAGGGCUUUGGUGGCGGUAGAGGAGCAGAGACUGUGCUACCCAUGAAACAGAGAGGCCCAGAAACAUAUGAUAUCUUUAUCAUAUUGCUGCUGAACUAAUACACACUCACACAGUUGCACGUAUAAAAGGUGUCUGUAUCUUGUAUCCACUCUCAUCUAAUCUCAUCAUAUAAUCAAGUAUACAUACGGAGUAGGUGUAUUUUAAAGGUAAACCAUUUCUCGCAUGAUAUUCCUGGAUAUGGAUAUAAUCAUUUUUAAUGUUGCAAGACCUGGCUCUUGAAGGGUGCUACACAUUGUUUUGCUGGAUCUUUGUGUGUUUUUACAAAUAACCAUAUUUGAGACUGUUUUCUUAAUCUUAGCACUCAAAAGAACCCUCAAGAAUGUGCCUAUAUAUAUAUAUAUAUAUAUAUAUAUAUAUAUAUAUAUAUAUAUAUAUAUAUAUAUAUAUAUAUAUAUAUAUAUAUAUAUAUAUAUAUAUAUAUAUAUAUAUAUAUAUAUAUAUAUAUAUCUGUUUUAAAAUGUCUAAUAAUAAAUGGCAAUAAAGACGCAACUUCAUAGGUUUAACAGCAAUCUGAAAAUGUUGUAAUAAUUAUUAAUUCCUCAACCAAACUCAAGAAAUGUUUGUAUGAAGAAUGUGUUGAUAUUAAUCUGCUGUAAUAGCUGCACAUAAAGAAAUAAAGGGCUCUAAGGCAGAAA